AUGAUAGAAAAUAAUAUUAAAUGGGAGAACUGUGUGGGUGUGUGUACGGAUGUUACUCGAGCGAUGUCUGGACAGUAUGGACGACUACAAGCUCUCAUCAAAACCAAGGCUCCAAAUGUAAAAUGGAUACACUGUGUCAUAUAUAGAGAGGCUUUAGCUGCAAAGAAAAUUACACCUGAAUUAAAUUUUGUGAUGGAUAUAAUUAUCAAAGUGGUGAACUACAUUAAAACACGGCCUGUGAAAGCGAGAUUUUUCCAUAAGCUUUGUGAAGAAUUGGGUGCCGAGCAUACUUCUUUAAUUUAUUAUUGCAACUCUAGUUGGUUGUCUAAAGGCAAUGUACUCGCACGUGUAUACGAACUACGAAAUGAGUUCUAUAUUUAUCUACAGACAGAAUCACACAAUGAUGCGCAAAACUUUAUUAAUUUAGAGUUUAUAAUAAAAUUGGCAUAUCUCUGUGACAUAUUUCAGAAAUUAAAUGAUCUUAAUAAGUCCUUGCAGGGAAACAAUACUCACAUCCUGCAACUGGCAGAUAAAAUCACUGGGUUUCAGAAGAAGUUGUUCUUAUGGAAGAGAAAAUUAGAAGAUCAUGUACAUACUGACUGUUUCCCUGCGUUACAAUGCAUUUUACAAGAAAACUCGAUAAAAAGCCUUGAUCCCUCUCUAAAACUAAUAUUUACACAGCACUUGUCAUCAUUAAGUGAACAUUUUGAAAACUAUUUUCCCGAAAAUCUGGAGCAAUAUGACUGGGUUAGAAACCCUUUCCAGUCGACCUCACCAUCAACACCUUUGACAAAGGAAGAAGAACAAUCAAUACAAUUGUCCUGCUUUUCUGCAGUUGCAGUAAUAAAGAACAAGUACAGAUCGAAAAUAAAUGUAGAGAAAGAGAUUAGAGUGGCAAUUUCCAAACUUGAGCCACGUUUUGAGAAGCUAUGCUCAGAAAAGCAAGCACAUCCUUCUCAUUAG